CGGAGGAUGAAGCAGCCGGCGCAUCUUCAUCACCAGAGCCAGGCGCACGCAGGAAAAAUCAAAAUAGCACAAAUAAGGGGACGGUGACAGAUCAGACGGAUUGUGCAGGGGUGGGAUUUUUGCAGCAGCGGCAGCAGACAACCCGGCGCUGUUUUCAUUUUCUCCUGCCAGGAAAACACCGAGCCCCAUCAUGGGUUUGUCCUUCUGGUAGUCUAGCCCGAGCAGCAACGCGAACGCCGCCUGCCUCUGCAGGAAAAAGCAAAACAACACGAUGGGAUCCAGACUGAGCAGACAGAGCAGCCUGGACAACGAGAAUUUCUCCAAGAAGCGACGCAAGCUGCAGGACGGCUCCGGGGAGGGCGACCGGGGCAGCCGGGGCGGGGGGGACUUUCUCUUCGCUCUGAUGCUGAAAUCUGACAAACUGCCCGGGAUGCUGCGGAGGACUAACCACAGCCCCUACAUGAGGAGAGUGGCGUGGAUCAAGGAGAUCCAGAAGCUGCUCCGUGACCGCAGGAUAGAUCAGGCAACAGACGUGCUGAAAUUACUGAGGAAGGAUCUCGGUUUAGAGGGCACUUCACUCAACGACAUCCUGUACAAAAACGCGGCCUUCCUCAAUCUGGUGGACCCGAUCUCACAUGAGCUGCUGCUCAGCUUGGCUCGAGAGAUGCAGUGUCCUAAGAAGGAUGCAGACACCAUAAAGUCUUCAGAUAAGAUUUGCAGACAGCUGAUCUACCACCUGACCCCGCACUCAAAGUGGCUGAGGCAGAGCAUGUCCAGGCGGAAAUCCCAGGCCUGUCUGAAGACGACUCUCCAGAAGAAGCUGUCCAGCGACUCAGUCGACUUGUCUGGCAUUCCUCUGUCCACCCGUGACGUCCGCCAGGUCGCCUUCUACCUCCAGAACAACAGAGACAGUGUGGUGGCUGUGGACAUCAGCUUCACCGAGCUCCAGGACGAGAACCUGAGGUUCCUCCUGCCUCUCCUCGGCUCACUGCCCAAACUCAGCACCCUGGCGCUCAACGGCAACCGCCUCACUCUGGCAAUACUCAAAGACCUCACAGAGAUGCUCAAAGACCCGAAGAAGUUCCUCAGCCUGGCCUGGAUCGACCUGGGGAACAACGUGGACAUUUUCACCAUGCCCCAGCCGCUGCUGGUGGCAUUACGCCGGCGCUGUAGCCUGAAGAGCAGCCUGCCCACCAUCUACGAGUACACGGAGGGCCAGCCCUACUGCUACCACCUGGAGACGUCCAUCGAGGAGCCCAGCCACUACGAGGAGGAAGAGGAGGAGGAGGAGGAGGCGGAAGACGACGAGGAGGACGUGGGGAACAAGUUUGAGCUGGAGCCGUGGGGCUUGGGGGAGAAACAGGUCUCGAAGGACUUCACCCUGCAUUACUGCGAGAGGUGAUGGGGUCUUUCCUCCCUGAGGCUCUUUCAGCUGUGGUUGGAAAUGUUUCCCGCAGCACUCCUGUUACCUCCUUCGCCUUCUCGCCCUCACACCACGAGCCCGCUCACCCUUUGAGGCACGGGGGGGGGAGACAAGUGCCCACAUUGUGAACUUCUCGUCCCGACACGGCUACCAAGCUAUUCCUAACCAUCUCCGAGUUAAACCCACACAAGACAGUGACAGUGACGGGACAGCCGCGGCGGCGAACUUACUGUGUUGGUGGAUGGUGCUCUUGGGAACAAGGUGCGGUUUCAUUGGAGGGGGGCUGGAAGUUUUAAUGAUCCAGUGCACUCUCUCUCUCUCUCUCUCUCUCUCUCCUUUCCUCCCUCUCUCAGUCUUUCGCUCCUUCUGUCGCUCCCUGUCUCUCCCUCUGUGAUAGCGGUUGCUGAGGAGCCAGGCUUAAGGAGGUUUAGAUCGGAUGGAGCAGCAGCAUCCCGGUCUGUGGCUGAGGUGAAACUGGAGUUUUUGUGAAAACGGUGGGUCCCUCUGGGCUCUCUGGCAGGACUGAGACUAUCUCUGGCAGGCAGGGCCUAGCUCCACAUUGUGUGUUCUCUGUUAAUCUCUCAACAAAAGCUAUGACACAAGUUCAACAGACUAUACAGCCGACGAACCAUCACGUGACGCCGGCAAAACUGCUAGGUCGACUCUUUGCGUGUUCCCCCCCUUUCCAAAUGUCCACUUGUGAAUACUCGCGCAGCUCUUGUGUAGAUGUAAAUGAGGACACAAAACAUGGCUCUGUUGUGUUUCCACGGGCUAUUUUUGUGCACUUUGGUGAACAAAGCAAUCUUAGAAGACAACAGGUAGGACUUAACAAUGGGUAGCUGUCACUGAUUGUUUUUGUACUUGCCUAAAUGCUGAUAUUCACCUCUUGGUAAUUAUUGAGCUGUUGUAGUCGUCACCACAGUGUUUCAGUACAUUAAUGACACUCCAGCUAUCGGUUGAUACGGCCCACAACGACCUUCCUACUGCCGUUUUCUCUAUGAAUAUGUUGUCAUUUCCAUUUAUCGAUGCUGUACUUCAGUGGCUUUGUGUUUGCUAUGAGACACAGCCAUGACUGUUAUUUAUUGGUUAUAGUCUGUCAACAGUAGCACAUAAUGAUUAAGUUAGACUGAGCAGAACACUCUGAUGCACUUUAAGGCACUAUUCUUUUGAUAUUUAUUUUUCACUUUUAGCAUAUACUCUGCGUAUAAUGUUUAUAACUGCAAAUGUUUGGAGUUGAACGGAUACCUCCUCAAGGUGAAAUGCUGACCAAAUGGCUCUUGAUUGUUAGAAAGAUCAUUAAAUACCACCAUAUAUAUAAAAUAAAUGUUUAAUGUCUUAUAUAUGUGUUUGUAACAGUAAAUUGUCUGUUCGCUGCAGUACUUAUUUGUUAUUGUUUUGGUGUUUCGUCUUUUGUCCAACUCAGUAAAUAUAAUAACAACUCUAAUGACGAUGAAACUGAGUCCAGCAGGAGGUCCAGCAGGAGGUCUCCUGCUGUAGGCUCGAGCUGCAAACAACCGGCUGACAGGAUUACACAAUGAAACAGAAAAAAAGCUGAGUAAAUGCGAUUUCCAGACGGAGCGGACGCCUUAUGUGUCGGAGGUUCAGUCUGAGCGACGGCGAGCGCUGUCCACUUGGUUUGGAGUUUAUGUUUUCAUGUGUCAAUGUCAAACUCUUCUUUGUUGUAUCCUGUGUGUAUUUGUCUCAUGUCAAACACUGACUGCCAAUAAAAAAAAAAAAAAGAUGAGAAAAACUGA